AUGCACCUCUCGAUGGAUGACUUUCUCUGUCCUAUCUGCCGCGAUCUGGUCUUCAAACCCGUUGUCAACGGUGCGUAUCCACCCGCAGCAGCGAUUUCCGCGCUUCUUUCCUUGACUGCGCGCGUCGAGCUCUCCUCAGGAGAGACUCGAUUCGGACCUCGUCGGGCGCUACCAGAGGCAUCGGCUGAAAUCUACCCCUCCCCUUUUGAGAUAGGGCUACGGAUCCCCUCUUCCCCCACCCUCAACCCCCCCCCUCCCCCCCCUCUCCCCUUCCCAGCGUGCGGGCACGUGUUCUGCUUCUGCGAGAGCCGCUGCCCCAUGUGCCGCCGCGCCUUCGCGCACUUCCCCUCCGUCUGCUGGCUGCUGCACCGCUUCCUCUCCUCCGCCUUCCCCGCGGAGCUCCGCGCGCGCGCCAGGGACGUCGCGGACGAGGAGCGCGCUAUGGGCACCUUCUCGCCCUCCGCGCCCCCCGCUUUCCCCGCGCCCUCCGCCGCCCCUGCGCCCCCCGCGCCCUCCGCUCCCCCCGUGUCCUCGGCGCCCUCACUGCCACAGGCAGUGGCGGAGCCUUUGAGCAGAGCUGGCGCGCGCAAGGGAGAUACGGCGCAGGAGGCAAGAGGGGAGGGGCGAGCGGGGGAGGAGACAGGGGAGGGGCGAGCGGGGGAGGAGAUGGGGGAGGGGCGAGCGGGAGAGGAAAGAGGGGAGGGGCGAAUGGAGGAGGAGACAGGGAAGGAGCGAGUGGGGGAGGGCAGAGGAGAGCGGUUGAGUGCAGAGGGGGCAUUUCUGGCGUUCUGGCAGCAGCAGUUCUCAUGUGGGGUGUGCCGCCUGCUGCUGCUGCACCCCGUGGUGCUCAACUGCGGUCACGUCGUCUGCUCUGCCUGCUCGUCCUCCCGCCUCGCCACAUCUGCCAGCACACCCUCUCUAGCCCACCCCUCCUCCUCCUCCUCCCCCCCACUCUCCCUCCGCCACUCCUCACCCUCCUUGCCUCACCAUAGCCCGCCCCACUCCCUCCCUCCACACGCGCUCCCACCACAACAAGCGCUCCCUCCAUCGCAACUCCAGGGUGGUCGAGAGGAGCCAGUAGUGGGGCCAACGAGGCGAGUGGAGCCAUGUGUGCCGCUGCACGGCGCCCUCUCCGCGCUCUUCCCUGCCGCCCUGCACAGGCGCGAGCAGGAGAGCAGCGAUAGCAGCGCGGUGGAGGAACGUGGAGGCACGGCUGCCGAUCCUUUCAGGAAUGUGGUGAGGAAUUUGAAGGGCGUUGACAGGAUAGUGUACAGGAGUGGUGAGGGUGAGGGUGAGACGGGUGGGAUGGUGGGUGCGGGGCGGAUGGAUUGGAUGGUGCGUGCUGGGCACACGGGAAGCAGUGAGCUUGCGAGACAAAGGAGGGAAGGAGGGGAGGGUCCGAUGGGGACAGGAGAAAUGGCCGAGGAGACAGGAGGUGAAGCGGGAGAAAGGGGAGAGAGCAGGGAGAGGAGAGGGGGGAUGCUAGCAGUUGGUUCUGGUGCAGAGGAGGGUGUUAGAGAGGAGGGCAGGAGGGAGUGGGGUAGUAGGAGGAGAGAUGGUGGAGCAGGGAGUGACGGGAGCAGAGAAGGAGGAGAGGAGGGGGGUGAAGGACCGGGGAGAGGGAACAACCAGUCUGAAGGGGAGGGAGGGAGGCGAGAGGAGGAGGUGAGCAGGGGGGGAGAUGUGGCAGUGGUGGGAAGAAGAGAGGAGAGAGAAGAGGGUGCAGCGUUGGCAGAAGGGGAGCAGCACACGAGUGAGGCAGAGCAGCAGCAUGUGGCAGAGGGGGACAGGGUGAGGCAAGGGGAGCAGCAGAUGAGCGAGGGAGAGGGCACGGCGGUGCGGGCGGCGUGGGAGCGCGUGCAUGCGGUGGUGCGACGGAUUGACCUGGCGCGCCUUGAGGGGGGCAGCGAUGGGGGCAGCGAGGGGAGCAGCGAGGCGCAGGUGGAGGCGCUGAUGAGGGAGCUGGAGGAGACAAGGCGGGCUAACUUCAUCCAUAUUAGCGUGGGGUGUGACGGAUGUGGUGCCUUCCCCAUAGUGGGGGCGCGCUACAGAUGCCUUGACUGCCCGGAGCGGGUGGGCUUUGACCUCUGCGCCGCCUGCUACAGCUGCCCGCCGCCUGUGGUGGGGCGCUUCAACCAGCGCCACGUCAGCACGCACCGCAUGGUGGAGGUGCGGCAGCGGGACGGCAUGUGGCAUCGGAUAUUCGAGUCGGUGCAUCCGGAGCUCAUGGCUCGACUCAUGGCAUCCAUAGAGGAGGAAGAGGAGGCGGACCAGUUCAUUUCGUGA